AUCAAGCCAUGGUGCUGGAGUCGGUGGUCGCGGACCUUUUCAAUCGCUUCUUAGGGGACUACGUGGAAAACCUGGACAAGUCCCAACUGAAGCUGGGCAUAUGGGGCGGUAAUGUGGCCUUAGAUAAUCUGCAAAUAAAAGAAAAUGCUCUGAGUGAAUUGGAUGUUCCCUUUAAAGUAAAAGCUGGCCAAAUAGAUAAACUUAUUUUGAAGAUUCCUUGGAAAAAUUUGUAUGGGGAAGCAGUUGUUGCAACUUUAGAAGGAUUGUAUCUACUUGUUGUCCCUGGAGCUAGUAUCAAAUAUGAUGCUGGAAAAGAAGAAAAAUACCUACAGGAAAUUAAACAGAGAGAUCUAUCAAGAAUUGAAGAAGCCUUACAAAAAGCUGCUGAGAAAGGAGUACACUCAGGGGAGUUCAUAUAUGGCUUGGAGAACUUUGUUUACAAGGACAUCAAGCCGGGACGUAAACGUAAAAAGCACAAAAAGUAUUUUAAGAAACCUUUUAAAGGUCUUGAUCGCUCAAAAGAUAAGCCAAAGAAAGAAAAAAAGGAUACAUUUUUGGAAAAGCUGGCAACUCAGGUCAUAAAAAAUGUACAAGUGAAAAUUACAGAUAUUCAUAUUAAAUAUGAAGAUGAUGUAACUGAUCCAAAGCGACCUCUUUCAUUGGGAGUGACAUUGGGAGAACUUAGUCUUUUGACUGCUAAUGAAAAUUGGACUCCCUGUAUAUUAAAUGAAGCUGCAAAGAUCAUAUACAAGCUUGUAUGUCUUGAUAGUCUUAGUGCCUAUUGGAAUGUAAACUGCAAUACAUGUUAUCGUGGAUCCAAGGAACAGAUAUUGGAUCAUUUGAAAAGUGGAAUCCCUUCCAGUAUUAGUAGCAGUAGCAGUGGAUCUCCAAACUAUCAAUAUAUUUUCAGGCCAAUAUCUGCCUCUGCAAAACUUUACAUGAAUCCUCAUGCAGAAACUGAACUCAAAACACCCAAACUUGAUUGCAAUAUAGAAGUACAGAAUAUUGCUAUUGAAUUGACCAAGCCCCAGUACCUCAGUAUGAUUGAUCUUCUGGAAUCAUUGGAUUAUAUGGUUAGGAAUGCUCCAUACAGGAAAUAUAGACCUUGUUUGCCAUUACAUACUAAUAGUCAGCAAUGGUGGAAAUAUGCAAUUGAUGCUAUUCUUGAAGUUCACAUAAGACGAUCUACCCGGAUGUGGUCAUGGAAUAAUAUAAAAAAACACAGGCAGUCUCUCAAGUGUUAUAAAAAUGUAUACAAAAAUAAGCUAACCCAGAAUAAAGUCACAGAAGAAGUACAAAAUGAAAUUCAGGAGCUGGAGAAGAAUCUUGAUGUUUUCAACAUUGUUUUAGCAAGACAACAAGCACAAGCUGAAGUGAUUCGAUCUGGGCAAAAAUUGAGAAAAAAAUCAGCUGAUACAGGAGAGAAGCGUAGUGGAGGCUGGUUUAGUGGGUUCUGGGGUAAGAAAGAAACCAAGAAAAAAGAUGAUGAAGAAUCCUUGGUUCCUGAAACCAUUGAUGACCUUAUGACUCCAGAGGAAAAGGCAAAACUUUUCACUGCCAUUGGAUAUAGUGAAAGUACCCACAAUUUAAUUUUACCUAAGCAGUAUAUUGCCCAUGUAAUGACACUAAAACUUCUCAGUACAUCUAUUACAAUCAGAGAAUACAAAAAUGUUCCGGAGAUACUUAAAGUACAAAUUAUUGGCUUAAGCACUCGAGCAUCUCAGCGGCCAGGAGCACAGGCACUUAGGGUCGAAGCAAAAUUGGAACAUUGGUAUAUAACUGGUCUAAUGCAGCAAAAUAUUGUUCCAUCUCUUGUGGCUUCUAUUGGGGACACUAGCUCAUCACUGCUUAAUAUUGAAUUUGAGACCAAUCCAGAGGAUAGCACUGCUGAUCAAACUCUAGUAGUUCAGUCUCAACCUGUAGAGAUCAUUUAUGAUGCAAAAACAAUAAAUGCGAUGGUAGAAUUCUUUCAAGCAAGUAAGAGUUUAGACCUUGAGCAGAUAACAACAACAACAUUGAUGAAGCUGGAAGAAAUUAAAGAAAAAACUGCUACAGGACUUACCCACAUUAUUGAAACACGGAAAGUUCUUGAUUUAAGAAUUAAUUUGAAGCCUUCCUACCUCAUAGUACCAAGAACAGGAUUCCAUCAUGAAAAGUCAGAUAUUCUAGUUUUGGAUUUUGGUACUUUUCAGCUAAACAGUAUAGGUCAAGGUGAAAGAAAAACUACUACUUCAUCUCUAGAAGAAAUAAUGGACAAGGCAUAUGACAAGUUUGAUGUUGAAAUUAAAAGUGUCCAAUGUCUUUUUGGAAGAUCAGGGGAAGAUUGGAAAAAAGCUCGAUUUCAGCACCCAUCAUCUUUGCAUAUAUUACAGCCAAUGGAUAUCCAUGUUGAGUUGGCUAAGGCAAUGGUGGACAAAGACAUUAGAAUGGCCAGAUUUAAAGUUUCAGGUGGACUUCCUUUGAUGCAUGUGAGACUCUCUGAUCAAAAGAUGAAAAAUGUACUGGAUUUGAUUCAUAGCAUACCCCUGCCGACAAGAUCAGAUGUGCCUUCUCCAGAAAGAAAGGUAGCAACUAUGCCCAUUAUUUCUCAUGAGACAAAAAGACUGCUUAACACUUCGAUGUUACUAGAAGAAGUAGAAUCAGAGUCUGAUGAUGAAUAUUUUGAUGCUGAGGAUGGAGUACAACCGACUAGCAGAAGUAUUAAAGCAUCUGAGAUGAGUAAAGUUACAGAACCCCCAAAUGAAGAGCUUAUUGAUCUUCAGCUCAAAUUUGAAAUUAAAGAGGUGAUUUUGGAACUUACCAAGCAACAGGAAAAAGAAGAUACAAUUCUUGUUUUUAAUGUCAUGCAGUUGGGGACAGAAGCUACUGUUAGACCAUUUGAUAUAGCUAUAAUAUCUUAUUUGAAGAAAAUAAGCUUGGAUUAUCAUGAAAUUCAAGGGACCAGAAAGAAACCCCUUCAUCUGAUUAGUUCUUCUGACAAAUCUGGGUUAGAUCUUUUAAAAGUGGAAUAUAUCAAGGCUGAUAAGAACGGACCUAGUUUUCAAACUAAUUUUGAAAACACUGAGCAAACAUUUAAGGUGGCCUUUUCAUCUUUAAAUCUCUUACUGCAAACACAAGCCCUUCUCUCUUCUAUUAAUUACCUAACUACAGUUAUACCAUCAGAGGACCAAACUAUUGCUGAGACAGAGUCACAGCUUCACAGUGAAAAGCAGCUAAAAAAUAUUACUCUGAAGAAAGCGACUGUAUCCUCCAAAGAUAAUGACAUUUUUAAUUUCAAGCUGUUUGCAAAGUUGAAUGCUUUCUGUGUCACUGUUUGUGAUGAAAAACACAAUAUUGCUGAAAUAAAGAUUCAAGGCCUUGAUUCUUCCCUUUCUCUUCAAUCAAAAAAACAGUCACUUUUUGCACGACUAGAGAAUAUAAUUGUCACAGAUGUUGACACUAAUACAAUUCAUAAACAGGUUGUUUCAAUAAUGGGCAAUGAAGUUUUCCGUUUUAAUUUGGAUUUAUAUCCUGAUGCUACUGAAGGAGAUGCUUAUGCUGACAUGUCUAAAGUGGAUGGUGUAGUGUCACUGAAUGUGGGAUGUAUUCAGAUAGUCUAUCUUCAUAAAUUCCUCAUGUCACUCUUGAAUUUCUUGAACAAUUUUCAUAUGGCCAAAGAAGCACUGAGUGCUGCCACUGCCCAAGCUGCAGAAAAAGCUGCCACAAGUGUGAAAGAUCUUGCCCAGAGGAGUUUUCGUGCUGCUAUCAGUAUUGACUUGAAGGCACCAGUUAUCAUUAUUCCACAGUCUUCCAUUUCCUCUAAUGCAGUGGUGGUUGAUCUUGGAUUGAUCAGAAUACAGAAUAAGUUUAGUCAGGUGUCUGGUGAAGACUGCUUACUCCCUCCGGUAAUUGACAAAAUGGUUGUGCAGCUAACAAAGCUUAAACUUUCUAGAACAGUGAUUCAGCCAGGUGUUUUUCAUCCUGAUAUUCAGCUACUACAUCCUAUUAAUUUGAAUAUUUUGGUGAAUCGGAAUUUAGCUUCAGCUUGGUAUCACAAAAUUCCUAUAAUGGAAAUUACAGGGCAUCUUGAUGCAAUGAAUAUUGGCCUAAAUCAGGAUGAUUUGAGUCUUCUGCUUAGAAUAUUAGAAGAAAAUCUUGGAGAGGCUGCUGAAGGGCUGGAUAAAAUAGAGCCAAGAAUACAAGAGAAAAGUAAGGGAGCAAUCAAUAUAAAAAUAAUAUUCCCCUUCCCUACCUCUACUCCUAAAUCCAUAAUUGUGAUUAUAACUAUAUUUAUGUUUAUUAAUUGCACAACUAAAAAACCUGGUGGAAGGUUCACAUCACAACAAGGUUUACGUAUGUCACAAGAAAUUCUGCCUACGAGAGUUGAAGAAAUUGUGCCAGAAGAUGUCACUAAUGUGCUGCUGAAAUUUGAAAUUAAAGAGGUUCUGGUGACGCUGAUGAAAAAAUCAGAAAAAAAAGUCAAGCCUUUACAUGAACUAAAUGUGUUGCAGCUUGGAGUGGAAACCAAGGUUAAAACUCAUGUUAUGACUGCUAAAAUGUAUCUGAAGAAAAUUAAUAUGAAAUCUCAUGAUUUCAAAGAUUCUGAAGGAGAACCUCUUUGCAUCAUUAACUCUUGUAAUGUAACUGAUGAACCACUUCUAAAAAUGGAAUUCAUAAAGGCAAACAGUGAUGGACCAGAAUUUAAAACUGUUCAUAAUAGUACCAAACAAACAGUAAAGGUAUCAUUUUCAUCAUUAGAUUUAGUCCUCCAUUUGGAAUCUUUGCUAUCUAUCAUGGACUUUAUGUCUUCAGCUAUUCCAUCCCAGGGCCUUCCCACUAAUCAGAAGGGAUAUGAGAUGAAACUGCCAAUAGAGGACCUUAAAAGCACCACAGUCAAAGCUGUAUCUGACAUUUCCCAUCAAGAUGUUUUUGAUCUGAAAAUCACUGCAAAACUGAAUGCAUUUAAUGUCUUUGUCUGUGAUCAGAAGUGUAACAUUGCAGAUAUUAAAGUACAAGGAAUGGAUGCAUCUAUUUCGGUGCAGUCAAAGAAGACAGAAGUUUUUGCCAGGCUCAGAGAUAUCAUAGUUACAAAUGCUGAUCCGGUAUCCAUUCACAAAAAGGCUGUCUCUAUAGUAGGAGAUGAAGUCUUCAGGUUCCAAAUGACUCUUUAUCCAGAUGCCACAGAGGGAAAAGCCUAUACUGAUAUGUCUAAAGUAGAUGGUAAAUUAAGUCUUAAAGUGGGCUGCAUUCAAAUUGUUUAUCUUCAUAAAUUCUUCAUGUCACUUCUGAAUUUUCUCAACAAUUUCCAGAAAGCUAAAGAGGCUGUGAGCACUGCCACAGCCCAGGCUGCAGAAAAGGCUGCUUCCAGUAUGAAAGAUUUUGCUCAAAAGAGUUUCCGUCUUUCUGUGGACAUCAACCUGAAAGCACCAGUUAUUAUUAUCCCACAGUCUUCAGUAUCUUCCAAUGCUGUUUUGGCAGAUCUAGGUUUAAUCAGAGUUGAAAAUAAAUUUAACUUGGUCCCUGUGGAGCCGUGUAAUCUUCCUCCAGUUGUUGACAAAAUGAAUAUACAACUCACUCAGCUGAAGUUAUCAAGAAUUAUUUUGCAGGUUGGAUCUUCAAUACCUGACAUUGAAAUUUUACAGCCAGUGAAUAUGUGUUGGUCCAUCCAAAGAAACUUAGCAGCAGAGUGGUAUACAGAAAUUCCAGGGAUGAAAAUAAAAGGGAAUCUGAAACCAAUGCAGAUUGCCCUUAGUGAAGAAGAUUUAACCAUUCUAAUGAAAAUCUUAAUGGAAAAUCUUGGAGAGGGAGCUUUACAGCCGACUUCUAUACAACCAGUUUCUCCAGAGGAUUCAAGAGUGAAAAAAGGAAAAUCUCAGGAUGAUGCCGAUCAUGUGAGAGGUUCAGAUUUUGAUACUCCUGAACAAGACAUGAAAACUCUGAAGCCUUCUGACAUUCAAAAUGUUAGUCUUCAAUUUGAUUUCCACUUUGAGUCUCUCUCACUUGUCCUCUACAACAAUGAUAUAAAUCAGGGUUCUACACUUUCAUUUCACAGUGACCAUUUACGUCUUGGUGAAUUCAGGCUCCAUCUUAUGACUUCAGAGGGACAGAUGUUCAAUGAUGGUUCAUUAAAUAUCUACCUUAAACUGCAAACAUGUACACUUGAUGAUCUUAGAGAAGGUGUUGAAAAAGCUACAUCAAGAAUGAUUGACAAGAAGAAUGGUCAAGAUAAAAAUUCAAUGAUUAAUAUAAAUUACAAGCAAGACAAAAAUGGAAGUCAAAUAGAUGCUGUUCUUGACAAGCUCUUUAUAUGUGCCAGUGUGGAAUUUCUAAUGACUGUGGCAGAUUUUUUUAUCAAAGCUAUUCCCCAAAGUUCAACACCUUCAACUGAAAAAACCACACAGAUUUCAUUAAGACAAACUACUUCAGCAAAAACCAAACCAGAGAGAGGUUGGUAUGACUUCUUUUAUCAGAAGAAAAAAAAAAAAAAGAAAAGGAAAAUUAUGGACAAACAGAUUAGACUUGUUUCACCAAUAAUUCUCAAUACUGUAAUGACAAUCAUGGCUGCUAUGUCACGAAAGAAAAAAGAGGAUGAUUCAAAAAGUACAUCAAGUAGUACUGAAAACCUCUGGGCCAUCAAGUCUAUUGAUGACUGUAAUGCUUGGUUUCUUGGAGUUGAUAUGGCAACAGAAAUAACAGAAACCUUCAAAGAUUUUGAACAUCUAUCAAUAAAGGAGAAUUUUGUUAUGGUUGUAAAAUCUGUUCAAGUCACUUUUGAAUGUGGCUUGGGACAUCGAACUAUACCAUUAUUAUUGAUAGAGUCUACAUUUUCAGGAACUUUUAAAAAUUGGUCUUCUCUAAUGGCUGCUACUGCUGACAUGACACUUGAGAUUCACUAUUAUAAUGAAAUACAUGCUGUCUGGGAACCUUUGAUUGAGAGAGUAGAAGGAAACAGACAAUGGAAUUUAAAGCUUGAAUUAAAGAAUAAUCCAGUCCAGGAUAAAAGCUUGAUGCCAGGAGAUGAUUUUAUUUUUCUUCCUGAACCACAAACAGCAAUUCACAUUUCUUCAAAAGAUACAAUGAACAUAACAAUAUCUAAAUGCUGCCUCACAGUUUUCAACAACUUAUCAAAGGUUUUACAGCCUUGCUCUUUACUUAUGGAAAAACGUGAGCAUGUUUCCGGAGAACAAAAUAUAGAACUCUUAGUUGAAGAAUUUAUAAUUAAGGUUUCACCAAUAAUUCUCAAUACUGUAAUGACAAUCAUGGCUGCUAUGUCACGAAAGAAAAAAGAGGAUGAUUCAAAAAGUACAUCAAGUAGUACUGAAAACCUCUGGGCCAUCAAGUCUAUUGAUGACUGUAAUGCUUGGUUUCUUGGAGUUGAUAUGGCAACAGAAAUAACAGAAACCUUCAAAGAUUUUGAACAUCUAUCAAUAAAGGAGAAUUUUGUUAUGGUUGUAAAAUCUGUUCAAGUCACUUUUGAAUGUGGCUUGGGACAUCGAACUAUACCAUUAUUAUUGAUAGAGUCUACAUUUUCAGGAACUUUUAAAAAUUGGUCUUCUCUAAUGGCUGCUACUGCUGACAUGACACUUGAGAUCAAGAACCAUUUCUCUAUUCCAUUUACUGUCUAUAAAUUUGUUAAGACUGCUAAGUUACUGGAACCCAUUGGAACAGCCAAACCUGAAGAGGAAUUCCAUGUUCCUUUAGAUUCAUAUAGAUGUCAACUAUUUAUUCAGCCAACUGGAAUUUUGAAGGGUCAGUUUAAAGAGUCAACAACCUAUAUUUCUUGGAAGGAAGAACUUCAUAGAAGCAAUGAAGUCAGGUGCAUUCUGCAGUGCCCAUCAACUGAAAGCAACUUCCUACCAUUGAUAGUAAACACAGUUGCUGUUCCUGAUGAAUUAAGUUAUAUUUCUACUCAUGGGGAAGAUUGGAAUCCAGCAUACAUUAUUCAUCUUUAUCCAUCCCUAAUUUUAAGGAAUCUGCUUCCAUAUUCUCUAAGAUAUUUACUUGAGGGAACUGCAGAUACUCAUGAACUAUCAGAAGGUAGUACUGCCGAUGUUCUUUAUUCAAGAAUAAAUGGAGAAAUUAUGGAAUUAGUUUUGAUGAAGUACCAGGGCAAAAACUGGAAUGGACAUUUUCGUAUACAAGAUACACUGCCUGAAUUCUUUCUUGUGUGUUUUACAUCGGAUUCCACAGAAGUGAUGACAGUAGACUUAUCAAUACAUGUUAGGAGAAUUGGCAGCCGUAUGAUACUGUCUGUUUUUAGUCCCUACUGGCUCAUCAAUAAAACUUCUCGUGUUCUUCAGUAUCGUGCAGAGGAUAUACAUGUGAAGCAUCCAGCUGACUAUAGGGACAUUAUUUUAUUUUCUUUCAAGAAGAAGAACAUUUUUAGUAAAAAUAAGGUACAAUUAAGAAUUUCAACUAGCAUCUGGUCCAGUAGUUUUUCAUUGGACACAGUAGGAAGUUAUGGUUGUGUAAAGUGUCCUGCCAAUAAUAUGGAAUAUCUGGUUGGAGUUAGCAUCAAAAUGAGCAGUUUUAAUCUAACAAGGAUAGUUACACUGACUCCUUUCUUUACUAUUGCCAAUAAGUCUUCAAUGGAAUUGGAAGUUGGAGAAAUUGCACCUGAUGGCUCAUUACCAACAAAUAAAUGGAACUAUAUAGCCUCUUCUGAGUGUCUUCCAUUUUGGCCUGAAAAUUUGUCAGGCAAACUUUGUGUGCGUGUGGUGGGCUGUGAAGGAUCCUCCAAACCAUUCUUUUAUAAUCAACAAGAUAAUGGCACUUUAUUGAGCUUAGAAGAACUGAAUGGAGGUAUCUUGGUAGAUGUAAACAUUGCUGAGCAUUCAACUGUGAUAACCUUUUCUGAUUAUCAUGAAGGAUCUGCACCUGCCCUAAUCAUUAACCAAACACCGUGGGACAUUCUUCAAUAUAAACAAAAUGGAUCACAGGAAGAAAUGGUUUUACUACCCAGACAAGUACGACUCUUUGCUUGGGCAGAUCCUACUGGCACCAAAAAACUAACAUGGAGAUAUGCAGAAAAUGUGGGAGAACAUGACCUGUUAAAGGAUGAAUGUGGACAAUUUCCAUAUGAUGCAAAUAUUCAAAUACACUGGGUAUCAUUCCUGGAUGGACGCCAAAGAGUACUGCUUUUUACUGAUGAUGUGGCAUUGGUUUCCAAAGCACGACAAGCAGAAGAAAUGGAACAGGCUGAUCAAGAGAUAAAUGUGUCACUUCAUAGUCUUGGACUUUCACUGGUUAACAAUGAAAAUAAACAGGAAAUAUCAUAUAUUGGGAUAACUAGUUCUGAUGUUGUUUGGGAGAUGAAACCAAAACGGAAAUGGAAACCUUUUAGUCAAAAGAACAUAAUUAUUUUGGAACAAGCCUAUCAGAAGUAUCUUCAGUCAAAUGAGCAUGAAUGGAUUAAACUAGACAGCAAUUUUGAGGUAAAUUUUAGUCGAUCCCCUAUGGAAAUGCGAGUCCCAUUUCGGUGUCAUAUUAAGAGAGACUUCUUACCAGGUAUCCAUGUUGAGUUUAAGCAGUCUCCUCACCAAAGAAGUUUACGGGCCCAAUUGUACUGGAUUCAGGUUGAUAACCAGUUACCAGGUUCAAUGUUCCCAGUUGCAUUUCAUCCUGUAGCCCCUCCAAAGUCCAUUGCUUUGGAUUCAGAGCCCAGGCCAUUUAUUGAUAUUAGCAUCAUCACAAGAUUUAAUGAGUAUAGUAAAGUGCUGCAAUUCAAGUAUUUUAUGGUUCUUAUCCAAGAAAUGGCUUUGAAAAUUGACCAAGGAUUCUUAGGUGCAGUUCUUGCACUCUUCACACCAGCUACUGACCCUGAAGCUGAAAGGAAAAGGACUAAAUUAAUACAGCAAGAUAUUGAUACUCUAAACACUGAAUUACUGGAAACAUCCAUGACAGACAUAUCAAGCCUCAGUUUCUUUGAACAUUUCCAUAUUUCUCCCAUUAAGUUACAUUUAAGUCUUUCCUUGGGUUCUGGUGGUGAAGAAUCAGACAAAGAAAAACAGGAAAUGAUUGCACUUCAUUCUGUCAACCUCCUAUUGAAAAGCAUAGGUGCUACACUGACUGAUGUGGAUGACCUCAUAUUCAAACUGGCAUAUUAUGAAAUUCAGUAUCAGUUCUACAAGAGAGAUCAACUCAUGUGGAGUGUUGUCAGGCACUAUAGUGAACAGUUUUUGAAGCAGAUGUAUGUCCUAGUAUUGGGCUUAGAUGUACUUGGAAAUCCAUUUGGAUUAAUUAGAGGUCUAUCUGAAGGUGUUGAAGCACUCUUCUAUGAACCUUUUCAGGGAGCUGUUCAAGGGCCUGAAGAAUUUGCUGAAGGGUUAGUAAUUGGAGUAAGAAGUCUCUUUGGACACACUGUAGGAGGAGCAGCAGGGGUUGUGUCCCGAAUAACAGGUUCUGUUGGGAAAGGUUUGGCUGCAAUUACAAUGGACAAGGAAUAUCAGCAAAAACGACGAGAAGAGAUGGGCCGUCAGCCUAAAGAUUUUGGGGACAGUCUGGCCAAAGGAGGAAAGGGCUUCCUGAGGGGAGUUGUAGGGGGUGUGACUGGAAUAAUUACCAAGCCUAUGGAAGGGGCCAAAAAGGAAGGAGCAGCUGGAUUCUUUAAAGGAAUUGGAAAAGGGCUCGUGGGUGCUGUUGCUCGUCCAACUGGUGGCAUCAUUGAUAUGGCCAGUAGUACCUUCCAAGGAAUUCAGAGGGCAGCAGAAUCAACUGAAGAUGUAUCUAGUCUUCGCCCUCCUCGCUUGAUUCAUGAAGAUGGGAUCAUAAGACCAUAUGACAGAAGUGAAUCUGAAGGUCAUGAUUUAUUUGAGAAUCACAUAAAAAAGCUGGAUGGUGAAACUUACCGGUACCACUGCGCCAUUCCUACAUGCAAAAAGGCGAAUCUUGUGGUUACAAAUAGGCGAGUACUCUUUGUGAAGGAAGUGGAGAUCUUAGGUCACAUGUCUGUAGAAUGGCAGCACCCUUUUGAAGAUUUUGUAUUACCUCCAAGUGUUGAUAAAAAUCUCCUAAAAAUCUCAGUUAAGGAUCAUGGCUUGUUCCACAAAAAGGACAACGUCAAUCAAGUUUGUCUACGAAAAGUUUAUCUUCAAAAUCCAACAAUAGCAAUGAGAGCAUGUAAUGCCAUUGAUAAUGCCCAGUCAACAAGACACCAGCAAAAACUAGUGAAGCAAUCAUCGUUGAAAUUAGUUAAGCAGUAAAUGCUACCUUAAUUAUUCUCCCAGAUACUGGGUUGAUGUUCUUCUUCCAUUAUCAUCUUGAUCUUGUUGGAAAUGAAUUGGAUGUCAUGACUGUCUUGUAGAGAAGUCAGAAUUUUUAUCAUGCUCUGGAAGAAUGUAAGCAAGAUAAUCUUUCAUGUAAGAAACCUUUUGAUUGAACUUGGCAGAUUAUUUUUUUCUCAAGGACUAAAUUAAUUUUUAAGCAGUGGCAUUAUAUAUAUAUGUAUAUAUUCAGGUAUGUGUAUUUACAUAUACAUACCCACAUUUUAUAUAUAUCUAUAUAUAAAUGCAGAUACUAUACAUACACACAUGCACAUAUACAGAUACUUCUUUAUUGAAUAUUGAGUAGUACAUUAAAAGCCUUGAGAUGUGUCUGUUAUUUUAAGAUUUUUCCAUUUUUGGAAUGGGAGGAAUAAAUUCAAAUUGACAAAGAACAACAGGUCUGGUUGUAAAUUGUAAUCCUGUUUGAGACUUGAGAAAAGAACUUUAUAAAUGAUUGUUGCUUUCUUUAAUGGUUUUAAACAACAGAUAAAUGUUUGAUAUUGAUAAUUUUGUUUGGUCAUUCUAAAUAAUUGAGUGAAAUAAAUUUCAAGUACAUUAUGUUAUGGUGAACAAAAAUCAUCUGUGAAAUGAAAAUUGACAAGAAUUUUUUCCUAUUUCUUAAGAAAAUCACAUUUUAUUACCUGUGUUUUUCUUUUGAUAUGUAUUUUUUCUCUUUGUAAUAUAAUGAGUAUGGGAUAAAUUGCAGCAUUAACUUCUAGAGUGGUCUAUAUUUUCUUUUCCAUGUUGAAUAUAAUUCAUACAUUAAGGAAAACCGUAUAUAUGCCUGUCCCAGAAAAAGUAUUAGUAUAUGAAAAUAUUGCACUUUAACUUGUUUUAUGGCUUAGAGAUAUGAAAUGUUUUUAUAAAACACAUUGAAUGUCUAUCAAUAUCCCAAAGAUGAUUAUUUAACAAAUUAUAAAGGAUUUUAAGGCAGUAUGAACGAUAAGAAUCACAUGAUCAGAAGUAUUUUUGAAAUGCUCAUUAAGAGGAGCUAUUAAAUCCAUACAUAUGUAUCAGAAAGAAUAGUAUUCUUUGAAGAAGUGAUCAUGUCAAUACAACAUUCUUUUAUUUCAGCCUGAUCUGGCUAACUGACUGGAGUACACUGUUUAUUAAGUCUUCCAAAAAAAAAAAAAAAAAAAAAGAUAAUUGAGCUUUCUUAAUUUAAUUGGAAUACAACCAUUCCAUUUAAAGGAUUUAUUAUCAGUCACCUGCCUCAUAAAAUAAUGAAAUAAAAUGGAACUAAUGUACAGAAUUUGAUAAUAUUUUGUUUUUGUUCAUAAGUAAUGGAAAUUUAAAAGUUUACAUUGUCCUGUCAUCAAGUAGGUUUUACAUGGAUCACUCCAAUAGUACUAUUUAUGAGUCCUCAAAAAUUGAGUUUAACCACUAUUUGUUUCUGAAAUAGAAAAUAAGCAAUACCAAUUUUUAUGUUAUUAUAUGUCUUUCUGUCAUUUCUUUCCUAUGAAGAAAAUUAUCACUUAAUGUGCAUCUUUGAACAAAUUUUCUGUACUAAUGAAUAAAGAUACUUUUUCUAAAGGCAUAAAGAAACAUUGCAAAAAAGUAUACAAUCCGUCUUCUUCUUUAAAAAAUUCUUAAUUAUGACUUUAAGAUACCAUAUUAUUUUAUCUAUAGGAUAUCUAUCUGUAUUUAUCUUAGGAAUAGCUCAUUUUUGAGUUAUUGAACUAAUGAUUUAUUCUAAAAUGACAUGGGUGUAAUGUUAAACUAUGCAAAAAUCAGGUUUCUAUUCAUCAAUUCACCAGUACUCUUGCCUUAAAUUUUUUUUUAAGUUUUAUUGUAAAACUGCUUUGAAUUGAUCCUUUUUUCAUCAUUGAUGAAUGUUUUGCUCUGCACUUUUUAUAUUACAUUGACUGCCAGUAACUGUAUGUAAACUUUUCAAAGAAAUAAAAUACUCGAUGUGUUUGUCGUGA